UUCAAUAAACUAAAUUUUAAAUGUAUCUAUUUCAAGCUCUAAUUCUUCUCAUUAUAUUCUUUAGUUUUACGUACACAUAUACAUACAUACCAAUCGCGGAAGAUGAAGAUAUAUUCCAUGCGUGUGCACAUCAAACCGGUAAAGUUUACAACUUUGAUACUUUAUUUGACUUGUCUGAAACAAAUUUUCGGAUGGAUGGGGAAUCAGUAAUUUUUAAUGGAAAUUUCACAACGAUUUGGGAUGUAAAGCCCACGGAUAGAAUUCAGGUUGAUGUACGAAUUUUACACUUCGAUAAGGGUGCAUGGCUACCAACGCUUUACUCAAUACUGGUAUACGAUUUUUGUCCUUUAAUGUUCAAUGAUAAACAGUAUUGGUACACGAUCUUUAUUGGUAAUUUAAUAAAUCUGGAGGAAGUAAGAAACAAAUGUCUUAAUAGUCCAGGGACAGUAUAUCGAUCUGGAAAUUGUAAUCUUACAGCAACAUUCGAUACGUUUGAAAAAUUGUCUGGGCUUUACAAGCUGGAAAUAAAAUUGACUGCAUAUAAUAAGUUGGGUAUUCCUCGCCCAACAGUAAUUUGCACUGAAUUAAAAGGCGAAUUAAGGAGGAUAAAUUAGGUGUACUUAAAACAUUUAU